CUCAGCAUAGGCCAAGUGGCCUACAUGACAUUAGUGGUCAAAUCAACAUCUAGCAAAUGCAGGUGUGCUAAAGAAAAGAGGAACAUGUGUACAGUAAAUCACUGCAGAAAGUUGUUUGUUAUUGUUCACCUUUUGGUUCUCAGUUGUGCAAAAAACUAAUCGAAAUGCAACAAAGUCCGAACGUUUUUGUGACAGACUAUGCCAUUACCUUGACCUGAGCAACUUAAGAGUGGCUGGACUCAGAGGAGCUGGUGAUGCUGAAAUGGGGCUUUGACGACGUCCAAGGCAACAUUACCUUCGAGUUGUGCGUAAAUACCACGGGCUGGAUCAGCUUUGGCAUGAGUCCCAACGGGGGCAUGACUGGAGCUGAUUUGGUCAUUGGAGGAGUAAACCCAGAUGGAUUUUAUUUUGGGGACUACCAUGCCAAUGGAAAUGAGAUGCCUACACUUGACCAGGAGCAGAGCUACAGUCUGCUCUCUCUCACUGAGACCGAUGGACAGACCACUAUGAGAUUCGAGAGGUCCAUCAAGUCUUGUGACACAGAUGACCAUCCUAUUACUGAGCUUCCCGUCAAGCUGAUCUAUGCGUAUGGGCAGACUGAUCAGAUUGGGUAUCACAGACAGCUCCGAGGCACCAAGGAGGUGAAUCUGCUCAAGUACAUGCCUCGCUCCAUCCCAACCCAGAGCCAGUACUUCGACCUGACCAUGUUAAACUUCACAGUUCCUCCUGCGGACACCCGUUAUGAGUGCAGGGUGUUGAACGCGCCCACAUUUGCUGAGAAACAGCACAUCUAUCGGAUCCAGCCACUGAUUGAUCACCCGGAUGUCGUGCACCAUUUGCUUCUCUACAAAUGUCUUCCGCAUGUGAACGAAACCUUUCAGGAGCAAUGCUAUACUAAUCCCAAACACGGUGCCUGCUUUCAAAUCAUGGCUGCAUGGGGUGUAGGAGGCGGGGACUUUGAGGUCCCAGAGCAUGUGGGGAUUCCUAUUGGAGGAGACGAGGGGGACUGUAUGUACAGGCUUGAGAUCCACUACAAUAAUCCAAUGAUGAUUGAAGGUCGAGUGGACAACUCAGGGCUGCGCUUGCACUACACAUCCCAGCUCCGCAAGCAUGAUGCAGGCACUCUGCAGGCUGGUUUAGCAGUGGCCCCUGGGUACAGCAUACCACCCAAUACCACAUCUUUUCACACAUAUGGUGUGUGUGACCUGUCCGCUAACACAAAGGAUAUGCAGGUGUUUGCAACUGGACUGCACACUCACCUGGCUGGGAGGAAGGUUCGGGUGGGUCACUUUAGGGAAGACAAACAGAUUGGAUUUUUGGCCUUUGAUGAUCACUACGACUUUGAAUUUCAGGAAAUUAAAAACCUGGGCAAAAUAAAAACUCUUAAAAUGGGAGAUUCUCUUGUGGUGGAGUGUACAUAUGAUACCUCUAAUCGCACUGGACUCACAUGGGGUGGCUUGAGCACACAGGAGGAGAUGUGUCUGGUAUUUGUCCUCUACUAUCCUGCCUCCAAUAUAAGCAACUGCGUCAGUUUUCCUGACAUCGAGGCCCUCAAGACCAAACUGGGAGCAUCAACAGAUAACGAAUUGUACAUGACGCUCAGCCAGAAGACAUGGGAUGAAGAGGCAGUCAUUGAGUAUGAGAGGACCUUGAAAAACAUCCCACAAGACCUUAUGGUAGAUGAUGGAGAGAACAUGCACUGGAACCGCAUUGACAAGAUCAGUGACUUGAUGGAGAGUCCGACACCCAGCUGUGACAGAACUCCACCGCGACCAGGGCCAUCAAACGCAUCCAACAUGGCCAGAGUGUCCUGGAUUCUGUUGCUGUUGAUCUGGGUAGUCAUGCGUGCAUUCUAAUGUUAGCACCAUCCCAGUGUCUUUUCAGGUCAGGUGGCUGAAAUCUCCACACCAAGCAAGCACCGGUGGUUGAUCACGUUAAACCCUAGUUAUUCUGUCGUGCAGUGAGCCUACCUUUUUAAUCUGAUAAUAUUUGACCUGAUCUUCAUAUGAUAUAUAGGCCUAC